AUGAUCAAAUUGUCAGGGGUGUCGCUGACGCCGUUCGUCCGCCACUGGCAGCCCGCGGAGUACGAGCCCCUGACGGCGAGCCGACGCCGCCGCUCGCUGCCCCAGCACACGCCGGCGCCACCCUCCCCGCAGCCCCUCCGCCUCACCUUCAGGGCCCACAACAGGGAGUUUCGACUGGUCCUGCGGCCUGACCCCAGUUCCGUGUUCGCCGAAGACGUCCAAUUCCACUCAUCAGCGGGCCCAGUGCACUACAACACCGGUCUGGUUUACUCCGGGAAGCUUGAAGAUGACGAAACGUCGCACGUGUACGGUGUGAUCACUGCUGACGGCCUCUUCGACGGGACGAUCUGGACCGGCAACGAGGAGUACUACGUGGAGCCGCUGUCGCGGUACAACAUGGAGCACCCCUCGAUGCACAGCGUGAUCUACCGAAAGUCCGACGUCCAGCAUCCGCAGAGGGAAGCGGGCGCCCAGCCCUGCGCAUCACAUCUGCUCCACAUCAAGCGGACCCUCGGCCAACACGCCGAGCUCUUCAACUUCACGGAACACUCUAACGCGAGCGAGACCCACUUGAACAACUACACGGACGACCUCACAAGCGAAACGCACCGGCGCAGGAGACGAUGGCUGCCUGACGACGAGAUGCAGGACGACCAGCCCAAGAAGAACCCCGACCUGCCGCUCGACCUGGACGUGCCGUACACAAGCAACAGCGACCCGUUCGACAAGUUCAGCACGCGCAAGCCGAAGACGAAGAUCGACAAGAGCAACCUGAUAACGAAGGUGCGUCUAGACUCAGAGGAGACGCGGCCCAAGCCGAAGACGCACGUGGAGGUGAUCAAAACGAAAGCGGGGGUGGUGACCGUCAGUAAGGACAUCGUGAAGAAGGAGCCGGUCGGUUUCACGGUGCUGACGGCCAACGCGACGGACGACGGGCGCCACGUGAACAAACGGGCUACCGUGGACCCCAGGAAGACCACGUGCUUGGUCUACUUGCAGGCCGACCACAUGUUCUACCAGAGGUACGGCUCGGAGGAGGCCUGCAUAGAGGUCAUGACGCGCCACGUGCAGAAAGUCAACGCGAUAUACAAAGUCACAGAUUUCAACCAAGACGGGAAACCGGACAAUAUCACCUUCAUGAUCAAGAGAAUCAAAGUUCACACUUUGGACGCUCUGAAGGAUCCCGCUUACAGAUUUCCCAACAAUUACGGCGUCGAGAAAUACCUCGAGCUGUUCUCAGAGGAGGACUACGACGCGUUCUGCCUGGCGUACAUGUUCACGUAUCGGGACUUCGAAAUGGGCACGUUGGGAUUGGCGUGGACGGGCGACCUUAAGAACGCCGGCGGCGUGUGUGAAAAGAACGGGCACUACCGCGGCAGCAUGAAGUCCCUCAACACGGGAAUAGUGACCCUGCUGAACUACGGGAAGCACGUACCUCCGGCCGUGUCGCACGUCACGCUGGCGCACGAGAUUGGCCACAACUUCGGCUCCCCGCACGAUCCGGAAGUGUGCACGCCUUUCGGCGAAGACGGCAACUACAUCAUGUUCGCGCGCGCUACCAGCGGCGACCGGAAGAACAACAACAAAUUUUCUCCGUGCUCCCUGCGCGCCAUAGACCCUGUCCUCAACAACAAGGCCCGCUCGCCAAAGGGCUGCUUUACAGAACCGCAGCCGGCGAUCUGCGGCAACGGCGUGGUGGAGGAGGGCGAGGAGUGCGACUGCGGCUGGGCCUCCGAGUGCACGGACGUCUGCUGCAGGCCGCAGGCCGCUCGUCCCCACUACAAACCGUGCACCCUCACCGAGCACAGCGUCUGCAGCCCCAGCCAGGGUCCGUGCUGCACCGCAUCGUGCACCCUCAAGUUCGGCGACAAGUGCCGUUCGGACAACGGGUGCCGCGACGCGGCCCACUGCGACGGGCGCCGCGCCGCCUGCCCCGCCAGCCGCCACAAGCCCAACCGCACGCGCUGCGACAAGGAGCUCGUCUGCUUCAUGGGGGAGUGCACGGGCUCUAUCUGCCUGGCGUACGGGCUCGAGUCGUGCCAGUGCGCGGCGCGCGGCGACGACCCGCGCUCCGCGUGCGAGCUGUGCUGCCGCGCGCCCGCCGGCCCCUGCCUCUCCUCCUUCCGCUGGAACACGCCGCCGUACGACGUGCCCGACAUGUACGCGAAGCCCGGCACGCCGUGCAACGACUACAACGGGUACUGCGACGUGUUCCAGCGGUGCCGCGAGGUGGACCCCUCCGGACCCUUGGCCACUCUCCGCAAGCUGCUCCUGUCCGACGAGAGCCUGGCGGGCUUCAAGCGCUGGGUGCUGCGCCAUUGGUACGCUGUGCUGCUCAUACUGCUGGCCGUGAUAGCGCUCCUGUUUGCGAGUACCCGUUUCCUGGGCCGUCACGGCAAAAAACUCAAAUCCGUCACAAUCAUACACUCGUCCACCACCGAAACCGUCCGGCUGCCGGAUGCCGCCGACCAGGGGCUGAUCGUGCACACGGCUGUGAGGUCCAAGCUCCCGCUUAAGAAAAAGGUUGCGCUGCGCACACGCGCGUACCGAGGCAAGAAGGACCACCAGAAGAAGACAGGGGACAAAGCAUCACCAUCGUACAACGCCAACAAGAAAAGGAAGCCGACCAAUGCACCAAAAACCGAUGAAUCUCACAAGGUCGUCAAAGACACUGCGGUAGUAACAAACGCCGAGGGGAAAUCACCGAAACACGUGCUACUGUCCAAACACAACGGCAAGGUGAAAAAACGCAAGGCGAAACUAAAGAAAGAGACUAUAGACUACAGUUCGAUGCAGAAGCACCCGUCGUCGCCGGUCAAAGACACGGAAUCAUUGUCGAAGGUGCAGAAGUGGCUGCUCAGCUCGCCGCAGCCCACGGCGAUGCCCAAGUCCAAGUCCAUCCCGCUGGGCCUCACGGAGCGGGCCGCCCGCCAAGCGUCGAAGGGCUCGCGGAAAACCAGACCGUCCAAGAGCGCCACCAACCUCAUCCCCGGCGAAAAGGCCCGACUGCAGGUCGUCUUCAAGCCGCCGUUCAGGUUCAGCGUGAAAAUCUGCAAGAGCGACAAGACCAAGGUCGUCCUGGACAAAUCGUCCAAGCCCGACCUGGACAAGAAGCGCCACGAACAACCCCAGAGCUGCGCCGCGGACCCGAUAAAGGCCACCGCGCCGAACGGCAAGCCUAAACAUCCAGCUAAAACCGGCCCGGACAGCGGAACGCCCAGCACCAAGUCCAGCCAGUGCCAAGAGAAGGUCGCCCACGGCUACGAGAACCUUCUACCUCGGAGCGCGAGCGACUGCAAGCUGGGCCGGAAGCCGUCCCAGGGGAAACAACGCCACCACAAGAAGAGCAACUCGGUCGGCCAGAGGCGCGACACCACCGACAGCAGGCAGAACCUCAUCGCGCAGGACGAGUGCGAGGGCGCGCACGUGUACGAGAACGUGCUGGUGCAGGAGGGCGCGCCCAAGAGCUGCAGCAUGCCGCGGCGGAGCGGCGCCGGCGCCAUCGCGCGGCAGAGCAGCGACGGUCAACCGGCCAGGGCGCCGCCCCGCCAGCACGGCCGCAGCGCCAACGACCUGCGCCGCCCCGCGGACAGCGACGAUGAGCUCGAGCACUUCUACAACGUGAUAGAGACGCUGCGGCGCGACACCCGCCCGAGCGGCACCAACGGUGACAGCCCUGAGGCGGGCGACGGGUCGCGCCGCAGCCGCUCCUCGCGCCAGAGCAGCGUAGGUGACAAGCCCGACGCGGAGGCGGGCGGCAGCAGCCUGCGCGGCUUCCGGCUGGUGGUCGGCAAGGGCGGCCUGAAGCGGCAGCUGAGCGACAACGAGCUGGCCAAGCCGCGGCUGCAGCUCGCGAUGCCUAUGUCCGCCGGCGCCGAGCCGCGGCAGCCCUUCUGCUGGAGCAAGCGCGCCAGCCUCGACUGCGAAGCCUCGCUGCCGACGCACCGCUCCCCAGCCAAGCCCAAGGGCGCGUACACCUUCGGCGAGCUGAAGCACAGCGUGCCCGACGCGGCGGAACCGGCCGCCGACGGCAUCCACAUCUCGCCGGAGGACUUCCUCAAGAUCAUAGACAAU